AUCACUGAGAAGGGAGCAGGUUGGACACGGCUGCUUCUUUUUUUUGUCUCUGAAUUCCAGUUCCUUAAUGGACCCCGAAGUGAUCAAGAUUCCUCCUCCGAUUCCUCUCUCUGUUAAGUCUAAAAAUAAACAGGUUGCUACUCAUGAAGUAAUUGAUGUUGAUAACAAUGAAGAUUCAACCGACACAAUGAUCCUUGAUGAGGUAGUUGAUAUAAGGAGCAAAGGGAAGGCUAUAAAAAGUAGCUCUGGUGUUUGCCCUGUUAUUAAAGCUGAAGUAUGUGAAAGAUUGAAUUGUUCUUGCAGUUGUUGCUGUUUAUCGUGCCUGGAUUUUGUGGCUAAAUCUCUUGGUUUGAUAAACAAGGUUACACCUCCUAAGCAUUCUAUCCAAGGAUCACAAAAUAUAUCUAACCUUGAUUGCAAUUUGGCCUCUAGUGAUGAGCUUUUUUAUACAAAUUACUUGAAUGAUUUCAUGGAUGCUGGUAAGUAUGCCAUGUUGCAAGAACAUUUUAAUGGUGUUGAGCUUCCUGCUGGAGAAGAUACAUCCAUCCCAUGGUUUGAAAAUAUGACCAUUGAGGUUCCUGAUGGAUUAGAGGCAUCCAUCCCAUGGUUUGAAAAUAUUUCAGAGAGUAAAAAGAAAACUUCUCAUGGAACCAUCUCAUUGACUACUAAUGCAAAUGACAAUUUACAUUUCUUGUGGUUACAAGAUCCUGCUCAUAUCAAUAUGAAUGCAGCUUCAGUUAGUAAUUCAAGUUCCCUUACCCCGGAUGACCCUUUGAGUCAUUCUCCUGGUGUAGCAAAUCUAUCUUCACCUUCGUUAUUUUCUCAAAUUCUUCAAAGUCAGAACUCUGCUACUUCACAAACUAUAUCUAGUAUUCAAGAUCUUCCAGUUGUGCAUCUGCCUGAUUUAACUAAUGGUAAUAAUGCGAGUCACCACAUAGAAAUGAUAUUAUCUCAUGCAAUCAUGUCCCCUGUAGAUGCACCAAAUCACACUGUGGUUGCAGAACCACCCUCACCUUUUUGGUUACCCGUGGUGACUCCGGAACAAUUUUUCAAUAAGCAUAGUAUCUAUUCAAAUUUUCCUGAUUUAGUUCAUGGCGCAUAUAUAACUCCUGAAGAAGUGGCAGACAUCAGAAAUCAGAAAAAUGUAGAUGAAGAAGCUAUCCUCAGUAAGCUCCGACUUUUUAAACAGUUUGAUACUGUUGAAGAUUUUUCAGAUCAUCACUAUGCUUCCAGUGGUGCUUCAACAAAGCAGCCACCGAAGAAUUGGUCAAAGAAGAUUCAGGAGGAGUGGAAAAUACUUGAGAAGGAUUUGCCAGAUACUAUUUUUGUUAGGGUUUAUGAAUCAAGAAUGGAUCUCCUAAGGGCUGUAAUUAUUGGAGCAGAGGGCACUCCUUACCAUGAUGGUCUCUUCUUCUUUGAUGUUUUCUUCCCUGCUAGCUAUCCUAAAGAACCACCACAUGUUUACUAUCACUCUGGCGGACUUCGACUCAACCCAAAUUUGUAUGACUGUGGGAAAGUUUGCCUUAGUCUUCUUAAUACCUGGUCUGGUAAAAAGAACGAGAGAUGGAUACCUGGCAUGUCAACUAUGCUCCAAGUUCUGGUAUCUAUUCAAGCUCUAAUCUUGAAUCAGAAGCCUUACUUUAAUGAGCCAGGUUGGGAACGUCUUAGUGGCACACCAAAAGGUGAAUUAAUGUCCAGGCAAUACAAUGAAGAGACAUUUAUCUUGUCACUGAAGACAAUGAUCUAUUCAAUGAGGAGGCCUCCAAAGCAUUUUGAGGACUUUGUUGUCGGCCAUUUCUACACGUGUGCUCAUGAUAUUCUUGUGGCAUGCAAAGCAUAUAUGGAUGGGGCUCAGGUAGGUUGCCCGGUAAAAGGUGGUAUCCAAGAUGUCGAAGAAGGUGAGAAGAGUUGCUCACCGAAGUUUAAGGUCUCCAUGGCUGGAUGCGUAAAUAUGCUUGUGAAAGAAUUUACGGUUUUGGGAGUCAAGGAUUGUGAGAAAUUCCUUGUUGCCCCUGAAUCUCGAAAUAAUGGAGUUGAUAGUAUGCCCAUGGCUGCUGCAAAUAUGAACUAGCUUUUGAAACCAAAAAUUCUGAAAACUUGGCCAGAAUGGUUUUUAUUUAUAAAUUUUGCACAGAAGUUUAAUUGAUUUGUUAUCAAGUAGUUGAGGAAUGUAACUUCUGCUUUCAUUCAUAGGCCGCUUAGAGAUAGUUUUGACAUUGUACAUUGAUGUAUAUAACGAUGGGAUUACGCACUAAAUAUACUGUCAAAUAAUCUUUUUUU